CGUGCACAGCGACGACAUGUCCACCGCCGGUGCCGAACGCCGCGCGGCCACGACGCCGCGACCGGGCCUGAUCGGUUGCGCGCUGCUCGCUUCCGAGACGGCGGCCAACAUCGCGCGGCGCUGCCGGUCCAACCCGCGGCUGCUGUCCAUGCUGGUGCAGGAGAAGGCCGACGGCGAGGCGAACCGCGGCCGUUUCGCGCACGACUUCAAGACGCUGGCCGACGUGCUGGUGCAGCACGUGGUCGCCGAGCGCAUCUGCCGACAGUUUCCAGAAUUAAACGGAAAUGUAUUCGGCGAAGAAAAUGAUACAAUAAGAAAUAAUAAAGGACAAGAUGUUACAAUAAAAGUUGGUAACACAGUAGAGGAGACAUUGCAGUGUUUAUCCGAAGCUUUAGAUGACGAUCUGGAGUCGGCCAAAAGCUUGGCUGAAGCGGCUCAUAAAGAAUUCACAUUGGAAGAUCUAAACGUCGAUUCUUACCCAACGGGAAAAGAUGUAAACCUAGAUCUAAAGAAAAUUGGAAUAUGGAUUGAUCCGAUAGAUUCAACCAACGAAUACAUAAACGGAAAUGUAGACGGUUUAAACGAAUACGGCUUUCAUUCGAGCGGACUUCAUUGUGUUACUAUCAAUAUUGGGCUAUUCGACCGGUGCAGCGGAAAACCUAUUGCUGGUGUCAUUAAUCAACCUUUUUUUCAAUGUGAUUCCGUAGAAAGGUGGAGUGGAAGGUGUUUUUGGGCAAAUUGCGACGGACAAGAAAGCUCGCAUUCAUUACCGGAAUUUAUUAGCUGUGAUCAGUGUGAGGCGUGCGAACUGUCGGGCGUGCACAUCUGGGGCGAACGUUUCUUGGACACGACCGGAGCCAAGUGGACGACGACGGGAUCCGGCCCGGCAAACGGGUCGCUGCAGUGCGGACGGACGGAGCACAACGUGAUCGAACACUUGCCGGCCGACUGGGUCGACAUGCUCCACGAGCUGCAGCUGCAAUCGGUUCAAACGAAAGCAAACAGACAGCGUGUUAUAUCUGCGGUGUGCCAUCACAUAAUUGACUGGUGUCGCGGUACGGGCGACAGGAAAGUGUGUAUGAUGACAAUUGUACAAAGACCCGGUCACAUUAGUGAUAGAAUUUAUUCGUCUUAUCCGGCGGUAAUCGAUCAGACUGGCAAUAUAUCCGUUGUUUAUAACAGUGAAACGGAGCCUUCGAUUAUUGUAAGACUCUAUAGAUUUUACGAAAAUCAACAAAAAGUAAGGCAUCGUAUCCGAAUGUUUUUGAAUAACACAAGUAAACAAACAAAUAACGAAUAAUAUUAAACUUGUAUUUGUGUAAA